CCAAACGCAUUCAUAAUCUGUAGCAAAAUCAGCAAAUCUCUGAAUCCGCGUAUUUUCCCUCUCCUAUUCACUCGUUCAUGUCGCCAACAAUGGCGGCGAAACAAGCCGAGCAGCUGAGGCAAGACGGCAACACGUACUUCAAGAAGGAUCGGUUAGGCGCCGCCAUUGAUGCUUAUACCGAGGCGAUUGCGCUCUGCCCCGAUGUGGCGGUGUAUUGGACCAAUCGCGCUCUCUGUCAUCGCAAGCGGAAUGACUGGGCGCGUGUGGAGGAGGAUUGCAGGAGAGCGAUUCAGCUCGAUCACUAUUCUGUAAAGGCACACUAUAUGCUCGGUCUUGCUCUGCUGCAAAAGAAAGAAUAUGCGAAAGGAGUGAUCGAGUUGGAGAAGGCGCUGGAUCUUGGCAGGGGUGCAAACCCCCAAGGAUACAUGGUAGAGGAAAUAUGGCAAGAGCUCGCGAAGGCAAAAUACUUUUUAUGGGAACAAGAGUCCACCAAGCGAUCUUGGGAGCUUCGAAACUUAAAAGAAGCUUGUGAAGAAGCCCUAAGCGAUGCUUCUAGGAAACAAGGUUUCGUCGAUGAAACUCACAUCUGCGCUGAAGAUCAAAUCAAAGCCUUGAACCUAGUAUUUGAGAAAGCUACAGAGGAUGAUACCCCCACGGAGGUGCCAGACUACCUCUGUUGUAAAAUCACUCUGGAUAUUUUGCGUGAUCCUGUGAUCACUCCGAGUGGGGUGACAUACGAAAGAGGAGUGAUCCUCGAUCACCUCCAGAAGGUGGGUAAAUUUGACCCCAUUACCCGUGAAACGCUGCAUCCGUCUCAGUUGGUACCGAAUUUGGCCAUAAAAGAAGCCGUGAGAGCAUAUCUGGAGGCGCACGGCUGGGCCUACCGGAUGGAUUGAAUCUGGGAUCUUCGAUAUGUCCAUGUUUCUCUACAUCCGCGGGUUUCUCUACCUCCGCGGGUCCCAGCACUGCAUCCUGGGCUCCGCGCAUUGUAUCCAAUACCUCAGCUGUGUCCAGUUCCUCAGGUGGUUUUUGAACCGAUUUUCAAUGUCUUCACUCGUUCGGAUGAUGAGGAGCUUUUCCAUUUUCUUCCAGCUAUUUUCCUCCUCCUGAAACUCGCGGAGGAUAAUGUUAUCUUCUUCUUCUUCUUCUUCUAUAAACGGGUAGUCCUCCGGUGAGUGUUUACUCUUAGCAAUGCGAACCCAUCGGUGACUGCACGCGCUGGUAGUUCUCUCAGGUAGUGCGUUGAGUAACAGCUCCCAAUUCUUUGUACCGUGGUUUAGCACAUGUGUGUGUAGAAUAAUGUCUUCCGCACGUGUCCAACUCGCCAUACCUUUUCCCUUACACUCUAUACAUAUUACAUAAACAAAUAAUAAUCCAAACGAAAAUUGAUAAAUAAUAUCAUACAUAUUUCUUAAACUAACAGUACAUAUUACAUCAAUUUACACAAAAAAGAAAUUCUCCUAAUAUCAAACAAAAUCCAAGUUAUGCAGGCAAGAAGAGAUAUACAAUAAAAGCCCAGAAAGAAUAAAGUAACAAUCUUCACAAUAAUAUUCUACACACCCAUUAUCUAUCCCUUCUUGGCUUCUUCCUCUUCCCAAACAAAUUCCCAGUCACAAAAAAAGUAAAGGCCAUCAAUCAUAUUGGCUCAGUACAGCCCUGCAACUAUUCAAAUGGGCAAAAUUGUGAACUUCUCAAAUUCCUAACUUAUAUGCCGCAAGAUAAUAUCAUCUUCAAAACAUCUCCAAUCCAACCACAACACGCCAAAACUUCCUAAUUCAGCCCAAUUUCGUUCAAAAUAGCAACACUCCAUCAACAAAUGACGAACUCCAACAAAACAAAGAUCUAGCCUUCCCUACAUUGGCAAGUAAUUGCUAGACCCUUUCCAUUAAUUUCCAUGAAACUUUCUGUCCACAAUUUAAACCCGAAAAGAGCUCCAAGUAUAACCAAACUUACUGCUCCUUAUCUCGAGGGGAAUCAAGCGCCAACCAUGCAACAAUCUGCAUAAGGAACUAGGAGUUAAAGUGUGAACAUAACAAAUGUAGCCAUCACAAAUUUUUAUGUUUUCCAUACAGGUUAUUUAUAUGAUGCAUAGAAACAGUAAUAGCCAAAUUUUGCCAAUAGAAGUUACAAGAAAGUCUCCUUAUAACAAUUAUUACUUCCUUUUUUUUUUAGAGAGAAUGAAAAUUUUAUAACCAAACUCUAGUGAAAAUUUUAUCAUAGCAAAAAUACUUAAAAUUCUCCUACAAUUGGUGAUUCAUAAUCUAUACCUCAAACAUUGUCCACAAAUUUUCUCUUUCUUGACAGCAGAAUAUUUAAUUUCAUAAA